GCUUCUCCUCGUCAGGCAGCUCGAGGUUCCAACAGAGGCAGGAGGAGCACCAAGAGCGCGCCCCGAGGUGGUCCAGGACCCCCACCCGUGCUGCCCGUGGGAGAGCGCGCCUCUCCUCCGCGCCCCGCCCCUCGGGCCGGAACGCCGCGCGGUUCCUUUAACAGCAAGCUGGCCGGGUGUGGGGAGCAGGGCCGCGUCCUCCCGCCCCCUCCCAUCCGAGUUUCAGGUGAAUGGGUCACUGAGGGAGGAGGCCGACACACCACACCUUCACUCCCGCGCCCACCUCUCCCUCCCCGCUUCCUCCGGCGGAGACGCCAGGAACCAGGAGCUAGGGCCAGAGCGCAGAGGAGCCCGUCCCGGACGUAGCAGAUUGGUUUAUCUUGAGAGCUAAAAGGGCUUUACUCAGCCUGAAGAUCAGCUGACCAUUGACAUCAACCAUGUCAUCGAGGCCUCUUGAAAGUCCACCUCCUUACAGACCUGAUGAAUUCAAACCGAAUCAUUAUGCACCAAGCAAUGACAUAUAUGGUGGAGAGAUGCAUGUUCGACCAAUGCUGUCUCAGCCGGCAUACUCAUUUUACCCAGAAGAUGAAAUUCUUCACUUCUACAAAUGGACCUCUCCUCCAGGAGUGAUUCGGAUUCUGUCUAUGCUCAUUAUUGUGAUGUGCAUUGCCAUCUUUGCCUGUGUGGCCUCCACGCUUGCCUGGGACAGAGGCUAUGGAACUUCCCUUUUAGGAGGUGGUAUAGGCUACCCUUAUGGAGGAAGUGGCUUUGGUAGCUACGGAAGUGGCUAUGGCUAUGGCUAUGGUUAUGGCUAUGGCUACGGAGGCUAUACAGACCCAAGAGCAGCAAAGGGCUUCCUGUUGGCCAUGGCCGCCUUCUGUUUCAUUGCCGCGUUGGUGAUCUUUGUUACCAGUGUUAUAAGAUCUGAAAUGUCCAGAACAAGAAGAUAUUACUUAAGUGUGAUAAUAGUGAGUGCUAUCCUGGGCAUCAUGGUGUUUAUUGCCACAAUUGUCUACAUAAUGGGAGUCAAUCCAACUGCUCAGUCUUCUGGAUCUCUUUAUGGUUCACAAAUAUAUGCCCUCUGCAACCAAUUUUAUACACCUGCAGUUACUGGACUCUACGUGGAUCAGUAUUUGUAUCACUACUGUGUUGUGGAUCCCCAAGAGGCCAUUGCCAUUGUACUGGGGUUCAUGAUUAUUGUGGCUUUCGCUUUAAUAAUUUUCUUUGCUGUGAAAACUCGAAGAAAGAUGAACAGGUAUGACAAGUCCAAUAUUUUGUGGGACAAGGAACCCGUUUAUGAUGAGCAGCCCCCCAAUGUCGAGGAGUGGGUUAAAAAUGUGUCUGCAGGCACAGAGGACAUGCCUCCACCCCCAUCUGACUAUGUGGAAAGAGUUGACAGUCCCAAUGCAUACUCUUCCAAUGGCAAAGUGAACGACAAGCGAUUUUAUCCAGAGUCUUCCUAUAAAUCCACACCGGUUCCUGAAGUGGUUCGGGAGCUUCCAGUGACUUCACCUGUGGAUGACUUCAGGCAGCCUCGUUACAGCAGCAGCAGUAACUUUGAGACACCUUCAGAAAGGACUCCUGCAAAGGGAAGAGCAGGGAAGUCAAAGAGAACAGAGCAAGACCACUAUGAAACAGACUACACAACUGGCGGCGAGUCCUGUGAUGAGCUGGAGGAGGACUGGAUCAGGGAAUAUCCACCUAUCACUUCAGAUCAACAAAGACAACUGUACAAGAGAAAUUUUGACACUGGCCUACAGGAAUACAAGAGCUUACAAUCAGAACUUGAUGAGGUCAAUAAAGAACUCUCUCGUUUGGAUAAAGAAUUGGAUGACUAUCGAGAAGAAAGUGAAGAGUAUAUGACUGCUGCUGAUGAAUACAAUAGACUGAAGCAAGUGAAGGGAUCUGCAGAUUACAAAAAUAAGAAGAAUCAUUGCAAGCAGUUAAAGAGCAAAUUGUCACACAUCAAGAAGAUGGUUGGAGACUAUGAUAGACAGAAAACAUAGAAGGCUGAUGCUGAGUUGUCUGAGAAAUUAAGUAUCUGAUAUCUCUGCAAUCUUCUCAGAAGGAAAUGACUUUGGACCAUAACCCAGGAAGCCAAACCUUUGUGAGCAUCACAAAGUUUUGGUUGCUUUAAUAUCAUCAGUAUUGAAGCAUUUUAUAAGUAGCUUUCAAUAAUCAACUGGGCUGAACACUCCAAUUAAGGAUUUUAUGCUUUAAACAUUGGUUCUUGUAUUAAGAAAGAAAUACUGUUUGAGGUUUUUAAGCCUUAGAGGAAGGUUCUGGUGUGAACUAAACCUUCACACCCCAGACAAUGUCUUAAUACCUACAGGUAUUUGUUUGCAUAGGUGAUCUCAUUUAAUCCUUUGAACCACCCUUCAGAUAACUGUUAUUUAUAAUCAUUCUUUUCCACAUAAGGAAACUGGGUUCCUGCAAUGACAUCUCUGAAGUGAGACUGCUUGUUUCCUAGCGCACAGUUUUAGUUAAGUCUAUUUUAUGACUACAUAAAUAAUAAAGUCCCUGGCCUUUCAUAUUUUAGCUACUAUGUAACAAUCUAACAGCCUCUCUAUUAAUUUUUUUUCUGUUAUGUGAAUUGUUAAAAGAGGUUUUUCUUACGUUAUCCUGAUAAUAAAGAUCAUGUAAAAGUAAAAAAUGUGUGAAAUUUAAAGAUUGUAAAUAUAUAUGUUUUUAAAAUCAAAGUUUAAACCCAGUGGUUAGAAUUUUAUGUAUUUUUAAAUACUUUCUAUCUUAUGGUUUACAUGCAUUUUUUUAAAACUAGCUAGACCUUUUCAUUAUAUCAGAAUAUCUGAUUACAUUUAUAAUUCCAUUGUGACUUGACCUGUAUCUUAUAGGAUUCAAUUUCUAUACAUCCUUUAUAAGGUAUUAAACCUGGUGUUUCCAUAAUAACUUGUUUGACAUUGUUAGUGCUGUUAACAUAUAGCUGUGGAAAACCACACUCAGGAGUUGUAUCUAUUGUUGUUUAUACUCUUUUGGGUGCUAUGCUGGUUGGUCAUUUUCCAGUCCUUCGGCUGUAAGAAUGCUGAUGUGUCUGGAAAUAGAAUGCUAUACCAUCAGAUACCAAAUAAUUUCAAAUGGUGCCCUUAAAUUGUAUCACUUUUUAAAAAAUUCGGAUUCUUAUUAGUAAAGUAAAAUUAGUCGAUAGCACUGUGCUAAGUUGAUUGUGAUCAUCCCAGUUUAGACUUUUCUAAAAACCUUUUUUAGAAUCUAUAAACUGCCUUUAGCAUGCAUUUAAAAUAUUUAAGUAUAUAAUUUUUGAUAUAUGAUUUUGAAUUAUUUUCCAGAGAUAAACUUUUAAAUGUUUCCAUUAUAUCACUGAUUUAUCUCUUCAAACUGAAUAAAUUCUUAAUUUUCUGCAUGCUAUUCAUACUUAAUACAAAAGUUUUUUUUAUCUUUUGAGAUAGAGGCUUGUUCUGUCACCAGGCUGGAGUGCUGUCUCGACUCACUGCAAACUCCACCUUCCGGGUUCAAGCAAUUCUCCUGCCUCAGCCUCCUGAGAAGCUGGGACUACAGGUGCAGGUCACCACACCCAGCUAAUUUUUGUAUUUUAGUAGAGAUGGGGUUUUACUAUGUUGGCCAGGAUGGUCUAGAUCUCCUGACCUCGUGAUCCACCUGCCUCGGCCUCCCAGAGUGCUGGGAUUACAGGUGUGAGCCACCACGCUAGGCCUUUUUUCGUUUGUUGGUUUGAGACCGUUUCACUCUUGUUGCCCAGGCUGGAGUUCAAUGGCACGAUCUCAGCUCACUGCAACUUCCACCUCCCAGGUUCAAGUGAUUCUCCUGCCUCAGCCUCCUAAGUAGCUGGGAUUACUGGCAUCUACCACCACACCCAGCUAAUUUUGUAUUUUUAGCAGAGAUGGGGUUUCUCCAUGGUGGUCAGGCUGGUCUUGAACUCCCCACCUCAGGUGAUCUGCCUGCCUUGGCCUCCCAAAGUGCUGGGAUUACAGGUGUGAACCACCACACCUGACCAAUACAAAAGGUAUUUUCAUAGCUUUUGGGUUUAUACCAAAUGAAAAGGACUCCCUUGAUGAGCACCUUUAACUGCCUUUUCUGUGUUAAAUUUUCAACAACUUGAUCUGGAAGUCAGUGUACUUAAUUUAUGAAGGCAAAUUUGUCAGUAUUUUCAUAAAACAAAACUAUUCAGCUGUAUGCAGAAAGUUAAAUAGCAAGAAUUUGCAUUGUAAAGUUGUGCCAUAAAAUUGGACUUUGAAAUUUUAAAAAUGAGAAAAAUUUUCACAUGUAUUUAUUCCAAAUACCAUUUUAGGAAACCAGGAUCAGAGUGUUUCUGUUGGUGCUGGCAUUAACCAGCUGGACGUAAAUUCGAAAAGCCACUCAGUCAGUUAGAUUUCUGACAUCCCUUUCAUUUCUGACCCAUGGUUCUUGUUGCAGUUCUGCUUUAUUAUAAACCAUUGUUCUAAGGAGUUUGUUGAAAGCACAUAGUUCAUUUCAUAAAGAUUCCCUGCGUAUAAAGUGAUGUCCUACAUGUGUGACUUUGUAUUAAAAGUUUAUAGGAUCAAUAUUUUAUUUUGAAAAAUUUAAAGAAAUACGGAGAAGUAUAAAAUACAAGUAUCAACCACCCAGAAAUAACAUGUUAAUGUUUUGUUACAUGUGCCUCCUAUUUUUUUUUUAAAUAAAAUGAAGUCAACUAGGAUUUGUAAUAAAUAAGUUAUAUAUACAUAAAUACAUACAUGAUAUUUAAUCCUCACAACAAACUUUUGACAUGUGACCAUUUCUUGCUUUAUAGACAAGGAACUAAUGAUAUGAUACACUAACAAGUGGCAAAACAAGGGAUUCAGAUCUUGGUCUCUUGGACUGUUAGAUUCUUUUUUUUUUAAAGACGGGGUUUCACCAUGUUGGCCAGGCUGGUCUCAAACUCCUGGCCUCAGGUGAUCCCGCCUUGGCUUCCCAAGGUGCUAGGAUUACAGGCAUGAGCCACUACACCCAGCCUGGACUAUUAGAUUCUGUACUUCCAUCCUGUGUUGACUUUGUUAAUCAAUAGAUUGGCUAAUAUGAGAUAGAUCACUAUGAUGUAAAUAAAAUAUCCUAUUUUAAUAUUGAGUGCAUUUUAAGUACUUAUAAAGGCUUCCUGGGAAAUAUCUAUAAAGACCUGAAUGGGUAUAUGUGUGUAAAGAAGAAUCAGGGCAGAAAAGUGCUUUUAUCAUGGCUCCAGGGACCUUAGCUUCAGUUGGUGUUGAGAAUUCCUCACACAAGGACAUUCUCCUUGCUUCAGCAUCAGGAUGGCAGCGUUUCCCACCUGGACUUUUUCAAAGACUCAGCUGGAGGAAUCAGACUUCAUAAUUUCCUGGCAGCUCAUGAUUCUGCUACACUACAUCAUGCCAUUUCCUGUGAGAGGACAAAUUUGAUGGAGGACUGCAUCAUCUCUCACGUGUUUCUUACUGUCUACAUUUAUUCUAAUGGGAAGAAGUGGGCAAAAACACUUCAAUAAUUUGGGUAGUUUUUAGAAAACGUUGUGUUCGUAAAUUAGAAUAGUGCCAUUUUGGCGUUAUGAGAAGCAUGGAUCCAUAACUAAGGUUUUGUGUAUGACUACAAUGGAAUGUGGAAGUGUCUCCGAACGGUUUCCAGUUGGUGCCACAAGACCUCCUUGGUACUGCGUGCAUGUGUUGUCCUAUUUUUGCUUUGUCCUUCUGCAGUUACUUGCUGUGGGAUCUUGGAGAAACGAGCCCCCUUACUUCAGUUUUUUGUAUAUGUAAAAUAUAUUUGUAAUAAUCUCA